AUUCUACAUCCAACUCCCAUGUGUUGAUUGACAUCUAAAAUAAUAACAUAACCUUAAAAACAAAAAAAUUAAUUAAAUGUGAAAAAUAAUGGAAACAAAUUCGCUUUAUAGUGUUGAAGAAAUAAAUAAUCUAUUGGAAUUAUUAAAAAUAGAUACAAAUCAAAUCCAAUAUUUAAUUUGUAACGAACAGAAGAAUUUACAAUGUUUGAAAUUGGCUCUUCAAAUCUACGAUAAACGCAAUAAAAAAGAAAACAUUGAGAAAUUCGCUUUCCCAAGUAUAGAAAUUUUGAAUAAACGCAACACACAUAAUAUCUCAACAAUUUGUGAUAUUUUAAAACUCAGUGCAGAGCUUCAAUUUGAAUUGGAACUUUCCCAUAUGUUACAAAACAUAAAAAACUUAGAAUUUAACAAUGAAAACGAAUUAUUAGUAGAUUUACAAUUAGUAAGUACAUUUAUAAAACAUGAGAAUGUUUUUGAUGAUUCUUUUAUUAUAUUUUUACGACAUACUAUUUCAACUCAAAACUUAAAGGCUGCCACAAAUUAUUUUAUAACGGAUAUAUUAAAACCAUAUUUACAUUUAAAUCUUGAUACUAAGGAAAUUGUUUUGAAAGAUAUUGUAACAUCUCUUGAUUUGUAUAUGAUAUCAUGUUUAAUCCAAGAAAUUCCAUCAGCUAUAUUUAAUGAAUCAUUUUUUCUUCAUCUCCAAUGUGUUUUUUACAACAAACCUAAUCAAUGGGAAUACAAAUUAGCUGUUAAUAUAAUGAAGUAUUUUAUUAAAUCAAUUCAAGAAGAUAAUUUUUCUACUACAUUGGAUGUAAUUAAGGGGGAAACAACGAAUUUUGGAGAAUUUCGCGAUCAAUGGGAGAGCUUUUUUACACUUAUUGAAGCGUCUGAGGAGAAACAAUUACAUUUAGUUGAACCGUCGCUUAAUUUAUUAAAAAAUAUUGAUAAAUUAGCGUUUAUUUGGGUACAAUGUGUGUUUGAAAAAUUAUUAAACCACAUGCAAUUAUCGGUUGUUUAUAAAACAGCAAGUUUUAUUUUAGAUUUUAAAUUAAUCUCAAUCAAUGAUUACAAAGAUUGCAUAAAAUCCCUUUUGCUUGGGAUAAACAAAAACGAUUUUUCCGAAUAUACACAAAAUUUUUUUAAAAACUUUCAUUCUUAUGUGUUGAAAAUUGAACCAGCUCGAUAUAGAAUUAUCUUGGAGGAAAGCGCUAAAAUUAAUUGGACACCUUUUGCAGCUUGGUUAUUUUAUAAUCAUUGCACGAAACGAUUCUCUUCUUUUAUACUAAGCUUAUCGGACUUUGAGAUUAUAAAAUCGAUUUUGCACAAUCUCGAAAAACUUCCUCAUCGAUAUAUUAGAAAUGGUUGCUUUGAUUUAUUCUUCAAGAAAUUAAAGUAUCACACAGAAAUUCUUGAUAUUUUUAAAUCUUUUAAUAAUAAAUAUUUUCCUGAUACACAGAAUAGUUCUAAAACGAUUGAAUGUAAUGUUGAAGACACUGCAUAUGUGUUGUUAAAUCCCGACAAUUAUGACGAAUCCACUAUUGCUUCUGUUUAUACAUAUUAUAAAGACUCAUUUGUUGAAGUAAAAUAUACUGACCAAAUUUUGGAUUUUUGGAAGAAACGGAUCGAAAAAGGAAAUGUUUCGCCAAGAAUCUGCAAACCAUUUUUAGGUCAUCUCUGUUGUCAUAUAGUAACAUAUUGUUCUAGUAACAUUACUUACACUGAUGUUGAAGAUGCUCUUGAGAAAAUGAUAAGCACACAAAGUAACGAGAUUUUUGAGGAAAUUUAUAACAACUUAAACAUUUUUAUGCUAAUUUGCUCACCAGACGCGUUGCCUACAUUUGUGAUUCGAUGGUUUCGCGAAUUGGAGAAUAUUAAAUGUUAUGAAACUCAAAUGAAUUUUACUAGUAUGUAUUUCGAAGAAUUUUUCAAUUAUUAUAAUUUGAGUAAUGAUGAAGUUUGCUCAAUAAUUUUUGAUAGUAUUUAUCAAAAUGACCAAACAUUAUUUAGUUAUUUAAGUAAAUUACCUAUUGAUUAUUAUAAAGAUCAUUUCGAUAAUUUACUGAAGGGGUUAUAUUUUGGCGAUGGGUUAACAAAGCAUAAGAAAUAUGAAGAUGAAAUAUGUUAUCAGAUAUUUUUACAAAAUGGAGUGUUAAAUUGUGAUACUAUUCCAUCUCUUGAAACAGCUAUCCGGUUAAGCGCAUUAAAAGCGUGUUUAUACGCUAUUGAAACAAAUCCAUUGCUGUUAUGGAAAUUAUUGGAGUUGCCAAAAAAGAGAUAUUUCCCGAAUUCACCUGAUCACAUUCGUUAUCUUAGAACGGCACAAGCUGUCUUGAUGUUAAUUAAAAAUGAUACGUUUCGCACUCCAAAAUUAUUCGACGUUAUUUUGAAGAGGUUAAUAAAUGACAGCCAUCAAACGUCGGUUAGACAAUUGAUGCAAUGGAUUUUAAUUAGGUUGUGUUCGUUGUGUGGAAGAACCGAAUUCUGCAUUUUAAUUGAAAAGUUUCAAUCACAACAAUGCGAGUCAACGUUGACAUCUUUAAUAGUUGUUUUGUAUCAUAUCGGUUUUAUUCGAAAGGCGGUAAUAAAAUCCGUUAUAGAUGUUGUAUUAGAACACACAAUGGGACCUGUUUUUAAACUCAGAGUAUACUCUCAGGUUGCUAUUUAUAAUUUAAUAAAACGCCAAAACUUACAACAAGAAUACAAAGUGUUGUUUACAGUAUUAGAAAAAACUCUUGAAAGUAAUAAAACCGCUGUGAAUAAAGUGUUAAAUACCGAUUUGGAUAUCUUUGAAGUAUUCGAUCCCAUAAAAAAUUUUCAUUGGAAAACGAUUUUGGUAGAUAUCCCUAAAUUAAAUAAUGUAAUUGAUUCCGAAUGGUGUUACAUCGAACAUUACAUGAAGAAAAAUGAAAGUUUUAAUGAUUUAUUACCAAUGGGUGAACAUAGAUCGGAAUUUUUACCAUUAUCAAAAACAAAUUUUUUAAACAACCUCAACGAAAAAGAAAAUAUGGAAAUGGAUGUGAUAAACAUCCAAAAAAAAAUUGUUCCUAACCACGAUAUCCUAAACAAUUCAAAAGUUAACACUGAUUUGAUUGUGAUUGCUUCGUUAGUUACAAGUAGUGCAAAUUUAGGCGGUUUGGCAAGAACUUGCGAGAUUUACGGCGUUAAAAAGCUUAUUGUGCAUAAUUUGAAAGUGACUGAAGAUAAAGAAUUUAAAAGUUUAAGUAUGUCAUCAGAGCGCUGGUUAAAUAUAGAAGAAGUUAAAAGUGAAAAUUUAAUUAACUAUAUUACUAAAGAAAAAGUUAAUGGAUAUGCAAUAAUAGGUGCCGAACAAACUUGUGAUAGCGUCAAAUUAAACGAUUAUAAGUUCCAUUCUAAAUCCAUUUUAGUACUUGGAAAUGAAAAGAAAGGGAUUCCAUUUAGUUUAUUACCCCAUUUGGACGUGUGUUUGGAGAUUCCUCAGUUUGGUGUUGUUAGAUCUUUAAAUGUACACGUCGCUGGAUCAACAUUUAUCUGGGAAUAUGUAAAACAAAUAUCUUUACAAUAAUAUAAUUAAGUUUCCUGUUUUAGACGAUAUUAAACUCAAUAAAGAAGAUCUGUACUACCCCAAAGUUAUGUCAUCAACCCUAAAAAAUGGUAAACAUGUUGGUUAAAACACCCUUUCAUUACGUUUUUAAUUGAGCCAGUUAGAAUCCAGCUAGAGUAAUUAAUUCUGUACCAGAAAUCGUUACGUCGAGCAAAGACAGUGUGGCCUAUUGGAUAGGCAGAAUGUAUCAAUACUUUUUAAUUAUAAUGCAAUGCAAAAAGGUUUGCUUAUUAACAACUACAAUCUAUCUAAGUGUACAAAACACAAAUUUAUCACAGAUAAGGUUCUAGCUACUUCAAGAAUUUAAUAUGAAUAUAAAUGAGGAGGAAUAAUGAUGACUUAUUCUAUCCACAAUAUGAGCUGGAUGUAUGUACAAAUGUUAUAGAAGUUAGAAAACCGCCACUGUAUCCAUCCUUGAAUACACAUGACUUAGUUAGACAGAAAACGUGAUGAUUACGAUUUAGCUGAUCUGAUUUAGGGGAAGGUGUUGUACCUUGGACCAUUUUAUUUCUAAAGCUAAUAUUUCAAUAUUUAUCAGAACAUGGAGAACUCGAAUGAAUGUUGUACUCAAUGUCUUGGUUGGUGAUGCGGACAUAAGCAGAUUGGUUAAAUUUCAGCGAAUUAGAUGGCUGGGACACAUAAGAAGAAUGGAAGACGAUAAAAGAUGCAAAAAUACUAUACCUAGAACUAGAAUCAUUUGGGUUUAGCCGCACGUCUCUAAA